AUGGCGGACCGGAAUGUCGUGAAGCAUAAAGGUUCCAUGAGGCUCCCAAGCGUCUGCACCCAAGCCACCAACGCCCGAAGCCAGACAGAGGACGUUCCCGUGUGCCCACAGUCAGGUGCGGUGGGCGGGACCCGCCAGGACCCCAGGCUGGCUCUGCACACGCCUUCCCUGCAGAGCCGGGCGCAAACGUGCCUGCAGACCCGCCCUGCACCCCGGAGGCUCCUGGAGAGCCCAGGGUUUAAGCGGUUUUUACGUGGCUUUUGUGAAUUCCCAGCUGCUUGGGAUUCCUGCGCUUUUGCAGUGCGCAACACAGACUCCGCACCUGCCUGCUCGGCCGUCUGUCUCCACCAGGCGUGGGGCAGCCGCCUGGCUCUGGGCCGGGCCUUCACUCGCUGGCCAGGCUUUGGUGCCCGUGGGCGCCUGCGGGGGUCUGGGCCCCAGCUUCCUGGGGUGCAGAGGCUGCAGGGAUCUCCUCCUGAGCUUGGCGGCCAGGCUGCUGCCGCAGCAGGGUCCCCGCGGCGGCUCAGCGGCUGCCGUCUGCAGCGUCCAGCGGACACUCACUGCCCAGGUUCAGCCUGGAGUUCGGGCAUUCGCAGCCCAAGGGCGCGCUGGCUGUGGACGGCCCUGAGCUGCCUGCUCGGUGGCCUGGAGGGGCCCCUGGCGACGCGGAACUCGAGGCCCAACAUCGUGCUGCUGAUGGCCGAUGACCUGGGCCUGGGCGACCUCGGCUGCUACGGCAACGGCAGCGUGAGCACCCCCAACAUCGACCGCCUGGCGAACGAGGGCGUGAAGCUGACCCAGCACCUGGCGGCGGCCUCCGUGUGCACCCCGAGCCGGGCGGCCUUCCUCACCGGACGGUACCCGGUCAGAACAGGAAUGGCAUCGUCCAAUAGUAUGAACCGCGGCCUCACCUGGCUUGGUGGCUCAGGCGGGCUUCCGACCAACGAGACGACUUUGGCCAAGUUACUGCAGCAUCGAGGGUACCGCACGGGACUCAUAGGAAAAUGGCAUCAGGGUUUGAGCUGUGCCACUCGGAACGACCACUGCUACCACCCCCUCAAUCACGGCUUCGACUACUUCUACGGGAUGCCCUUUGGGCUCCUGAAUGAAUGCCAGGCGUCCAAGACCCCGGAGCUGCACCGCUGGCUGCGGAUCAAGCUGUGGGUCUCCACGGCGGCCCUCAGCCUGGUCCCCGUGCUGCUCCUGGUUCCCAACCUGGCCCGCUGGUUCUCCGUCCCCUGGAGCAUCAUCGUCAUCUCCGCCCUUCUCGUUCUCCUCUUCUUUAUUUCCUGGUACUCCAGUUACGGAUUCGUCCGGCGUUGGAACUGCAUCCUAAUGAGAAACCACGAGAUCAUCCAGCAGCCCGUGAGGGAGGAGAGGGUGUCUCUCCUCAUGCUGAAGGAAGCAGUCGCCUUCAUCGAAAGGUACAAACGGGGACCUUUCCUCCUGUUCGUGUCUUUUCUCCACGUGCACACGCCCCUCGUGACCAAGGAGAAGUUUGUCGGGCACAGUAAAUACGGACUCUACGGGGAUAACGUGGAGGAGAUGGACUGGAUGGUGGGUAAACUCCUGGACGCGCUGGAGCGGGAGCGGCUGACCGGCCACACCCUGGUCCACUUCACCGCGGACAACGGAGGCCGCCUGGAGGCCCGCGACGGCGACGCCCGGCUGGGCGGCUGGAACGGCGGCUACAGAGGUGGCAGAGGUAUGGGCGGCUGGGAAGGGGGCAUCCGCGUCCCUGGAAUAUUCCGGUGGCCCACGGUGCUGGAGGCCGGGAAGGUGAUCGACGAGCCGACGAGUCUGAUGGACAUUUUCCCGACCCUGUCUUACAUAGGGGGAGGGAUUCUGCCCCAGGACAGGGUGAUUGACGGCCGGAACCUGAUGCCCCUCCUGGAGGGCAGGGUGGUCCACUCUGACCACGAGUUCCUCUUCCACUACUGUGGCAGGUACCUGCACGCCGUCAGGUGGCACCAGAAAGAUUGUGCCACCGUGUGGAAGGCCCAUUAUGUGACACCCAACUUCCACCCCGCGGGAGCCGACGCCUGCUACGGAAGCGCCAUGUGUUCGUGUUCCGAGGAUGUGACCCACCAUGACCCUCCCCUCCUCUUCGACCUCUCGAGAGACCCUUCUGAGUCCCAGCCACUUAAUCCCGACAACGAGGUCUUGUUCGACUCCGUGAUCAAGAAAAUCGAGGCCGCCAUCAAAGAGCACCGUGCGUCCCUCACGCCCGUCCCCGAGCAGCUAACGGUGUUCAACACCAUUUGGAAACCGUGGCUGCAGCCCUGCUGUGGGACCUUCCCCUUCUGUGGCUGUGACAAGGAAAAUGACAUCCUACCCACCACCCCGUGA